AUUUCUGUCUUGUUGGAACUGCAAGGUGAUUUCAUCAGGAAGAGAGUAGUCAUACUUGAGAGUGUACUCUACAUACAGUAACGGCGAAUAGAAAACGAAAAUAGCUUCACUGAUUCACUCGAAUGCUAUUGCAACUUGUCAGGCAGUAUACUGAGAAAGAUGUCAGUCACUGAGGAUCUUCCUGAUAUGGAUGGAGUGGAUCUUCUGGGGAUCCUGUGCCAGUAUGGAGAGACUGGAGCCGACGAUCCCUUUUUCACAGAUGGGAAUGGGCUAGAAAACUGGCUCGCCGAGCAAGAUAUGCUGACAGGCAUGGACACUGAGGACUUCCUGUCCAGCCUGCUGGAGGGAGAAGACAACAUGGCUGCCUCGUGUGCUUCACACUCUCCACUGGGCAGCGACAGCGGCAUCUCUGAUGACAGCAGCACUGGGGGCGUAGUUGGACAGAACUUCCUGGCCUGUCCGAGCCCCCAGGGGAGUGACAGUGACACCGCACCCAGCCCAGGGUACUCCCAGCCAAGCCCGGGCUACUCCGACAGUCCCCUGAUGGCCCUGGAGCUCCAAGCUGAGAGCCCUGAAGCCCUGGCUGUGCAAACGGACCACAGCUAUUCUCUACUUCAGGGAGGAGACAUGAAUGCUCUACAGAGUGUGAGGGCUGAGAAGCCUGACAUGGAUGUCUUUAUUGAUCUGGACGACCUGGACAGUGAGGGGAUGGAAGUGGAACAGAUCUAUUCCAGUGAAGAACUUCCCUGUUCUCUCGCCAUAGAGGACUCUACACAGAACAACAAAGCUGAUCUGUUCCAGUUCAAGGAGAUUGUUCUGACUGAUGAGGAAAGGAGACUUCUCACUAAGGAAGGAGCGACCAUACCGUCCUGCAUGCCUCUUACUAAGGCGGAGGAGAGGACCCUGAAGAGGGUGAGGAGGAAAAUCCGCAACAAGCAGUCGGCCCAGGAGAGUAGGAAGAAGAAGAAGGUGUACGUGGACGGCCUGGAGAACAGGGUUUCCAUCUGCACCGCUCACAACCAGGAGCUGCAGAAGAAGGUCCAACAACUGCAGAAACAAAACAUGUCUCUGAUAGAGCAGCUAAGGAAAUUGCAGUCCAUGAUGAAGAUGUCAACCAUGAAGACAACCACCACCAGCACCUGUGUCAUGGUGUUCCUGCUGUCUUUCUGCCUCAUCAUCUUCCCCUCUGUCAACCCGUUUGGCCGCAGCCCUGGACAGAAGGAGAUAUACACCCCCUCUUCCGUUGUGUCCAGGACCUUGCGUUCUGUGGCUGUUGAUGACACCCCAGACCCCUUGCCCCUGGCUUACUCUGAGCCUGUGGAGGAAACUGACAGCGCUGAGCCGCCCCCUCUCAGCCUCCUCCUAGUGGCCAAGGUAGAGAACCCCAAGGCAAUGUUCACUGGAGGCCAGAACCACACACCGGACUACCAGAAGGUGGAGCAGUCGGAAACGGAGAGCGGAGUCAACAGCAACUCGUCUGCAGACUUCCCCAAACCAGGUCAAAACGAGCUGAAGCCGGGGGCUGGGCCCGGGGGCCUGCAGGAGGGAUCCAGAGAUCCAGUGGGAACGCCUGUGGCCUACGAGGUUCCAGGGACCAAGGAAAACUGGAUCGACAGGAAGCCAACGUCCAUCAUUAUACAGCAACACCGCUCGGAUGAGAUGUAGACAGAUAAGAGCCAGAUUUGAAUCAACUAACAGAGGGAGGAAGCGGGCUAGGAUGAAGGGGGCGAAUCAAAGGUUUCAGUUGUUAUUGAUAAUGUUGAUUGAAACCCGGUGGGAAAAGGGUAGUAGAUGUUCUGUUAUGACAGUAACCCUCUAUCUGUUCCUCCUUCUCCUGGUGAUACUACUGUUCCUCUUUGAGCACUUUGUUCUGAUGUUCCGUUCCAGUGGUAGAAUGGACUACUGAGAUUUCCAUUGUUAUGCGUUAGCCUCUCAUCGGGAGGGGGGGGGGGGUAAAGUACACUAUGAAAGGGAAUAGUCAUCUGUUGAAAUCGCUUGACUGCUGAAGACUUUAAAACACGUUCUCUCUUGAAAAACAAAAUGAUUAGUUCUUGCCAUCUGUGUUUUCGUGUCUCCAACAGGUCUAGUUGCUAAGCACUUUGCUAGCGAAUGACCAAUUCCUUCCAUAGCGCAUGUCUAGUCCUCUGCUUGUUUACUUUGCACAUUCAGCAUCCAUAGUGUAAAUGUAUACUCAUGAUGCUAGCUUAGUGGUUGAUCUGUCUGUAUACUCUGCUUUAGACAUUGCAGGACAUUUGGCCAUUUGGGUUUUGUGGACAUCUCUUGGUAUUUUCCUUGUAACAAGGGUUUUCAUGCUUUCUUUUGUGUUUUCUUUGUUUUGCUUUUAGCUUGUUGACAAAUGUAAACGACUGAAAAUGGGAGUGCUCUGGAAUUAGUCCCCAUUUUCCAGUGCCAGUGACGGAACAGUGACUAGUUUUGACCUUUUUAGGUAGGAGCUGUUUGAGUCCUUUAUCGCCACCCGUGGUAGUCCUCUGGACCUACAGUAUGUUUACCCGUGUAAACCUCUGGACAUCUUUUUAUUAAGUGUAUGUCAUAUGGAGAGGUGAACAUUUUUUUUAUUUUUUAAUCUAUUAGCUAUGUUAAUUCAGUGUUGCAGUAUAACUAUACUCAAGUGUAAUGACCUGUCAGUUCAUUCAGUGAGGCAUUUUUGUUGUCUUUUUUUCUUUUUCUUCAGUUCAGUGAAUUAUAAAAUCUAAAUGGUAUUGGAACUCUUUGUUAUUUUUGAUAAGUCAAAGAAGAGAUUUAGAUGUAGAUUAAUCAUGUUGAAAAGAAGCACUGAUAUGCCAUAGUCCGAAAUUGGAAUGUAAAUAGGCUGGAAUGAUUGUAAUGUUCAUUUUUAACAAUUAAUGUAUGACAUUAAACUUCACUAUUAAAAGUCCCUUUUAAAAAUAAAAAAAAUGUUUUUAUUAAGGAU